CGGACUUCUUCACACUCUUCAGCGCUCACUGGCGCCAGCUCCCGCAGGCUCGACCUCUAGCUCUUUGGGACAAAUAAAAUCGCCGCGUCCCCACGCGAACGUAAUCACAGAAUUCGACCCGACUUAGUCCCGAGAUGCUCGAUAUUCAUUUCUCUAAUUGAUUGACUUCUUAAGAGAAUGAAUUUGCGGGAAAGACUUGAAUGCUAGGCUGUGUCAAACGAAUUUUCCUCCGAAUCACCAUUAGGUCUUUCCUAUUAUCCCAACCCGAUAGUCCCUCGCUUAUCUUCUCUGCUCUUUUCAAGACCAGUCGGAUGACGGAAGCUCGCCAGUUACUCGACCUCAUAACCCGCACCGCAGACACUCUCCAAGAACUCUGCGCAGAUUAUCCCAGUACUUUGAACGAUCCUUCUCACUCGGAACCCACAACCAGCAAUGAUAUUAAAGUGCAAAGAUUAGCCACAACAGUCAGUGUAGCUGCACUCCAACUAGCUGCAAUUUUCGAGCCGCCACAGAUCUCGUUAUUACACGUUGCAUCGGGAGCUCUCAAGACAGCUGCGUUGCGGGUAUGCCUCGAAGGGAAUGUGACCGAAAUUUUGCGAGAAGCAGGCCCACAGGGAUUACAUGUGCGGGAAAUAACUGCGUUCAAUGACUUGGAUCCAAGGACUCUAGCUCGACUCCUCAGAUAUCUCGCCUCUUUUCAUGUCUACCGAGAAGUUUCUCCUGACACCUUUACGAACAACCGAGUUUCAACCGUGAUGGACACAGGGAAGAGUGUGGCGGAACUCUUUCGCUCCCCAGAGACAAAGCAUGAUAAUACGAACGGCUUUCCAGCUUUCCUCAGUCAUCAGAUGGAUGAGAUAUCCAAAGCCGCGGCGUACAGUUGGGAAGCGAUAACUGAUCCUCGCUAUCCAUCCAUCACUCCGUUGGAAAAAGCAUUGUUGAGCGAACGUGACGGGGAAGUCGGCGUAAAACCGGCGGAUAGUAGUAGUUUCUUUGACUUCCUCCAAAGACCAGAGCAAGCACAUCGUCAUCGUCGAUUCGCGAUAGCGAUGGAAGGAAUGGCAGCGAUCCAACCGUUGGACUGUUUAUCCCGUGCGUACAACUGGGACUCGCUCCCCGAGAACGCGCUCGUCGUUGAUGUCGGUGGCGGCGUUGGGACAAUAUCACUCGAACUGGCUAAGCAGUUUCCAAAGUUGAAAUUCAUAGUUCAAGAUCUCCCGAGUUUCAUCGAGAAAGGGAAAGCUCUAUGGGCAGAACGCCAACCGGAAACAUUGGAGAGCGGACGAGCUAUUCUUCAAGCACACGACUUCUUCACGCCACAGCCUCAGGAAAACGCGUCGAUCUUUCUUCUACGACAUGUCAUACACAACUGGUCCGACGAAGACUGUAUCAAAAUCUUGAGUCUUCUUCGGAGAGCAGCACGGGAUGACACAACGCUCUUGAUUUUGGAGAUCAUCAUGCCCUAUGCGUGUCGAAAAGAAUCGUCGGAUGAUACAUCGAAGAAUACCGAAAUUCCUGGUGCAACUGCUGAGGAAGCCCCGGUCCCGUUACUUCCAAACUUUGGUGCAGGAAACGAAUUCGCUCAUGUGCUUGAUAUGACGAUGUUCUCAAUCUUGAAGGGAGCUUCGGAACGCACUAUAGACCAGUUUUCUUUGCUUCUCCUCAAGUCUGGGUGGAAAGUGGUUAAAGUGAAUCGGUUGUCGGGAGAUGCGGCCAUGUGGCAGGCAAUUGAAGCGAUACCUUUUGCUGAGAUCCACAGACUCUGAACCGAUUUAGGGUGGAUUCGAGAAUCUUCUCGGUGGCGUAGUACUACAUAAUUUAGAUAUCGAUAUUAUGCGGCUUGUGAUGGGUAAGAUGGAAAAGAAGGGGGUAAAGUUAAAAGAAUUCUUGUAUACGGAUAGAAACACGGUCACAGCGAACUUUGUCCCGUUUUAAACUCUUC